AUGGGCGUCCGGGGCCUGCAGUCUUUCGUAAAGGAGAAUCGAGGGUCACUUUGCCGCUCUGUCAUAUUGCCGGAGAAAGAUGCGCGUGGGACUGAAAAAGGGGCGGUCCCUAUCAUAGUCGAUGCUUGGGGUGUGAUUUUCAAGCUCUACCUCGAUAGCUUACCCUGGGUAUCAGGGGGGGAAUAUCUGCGGUUCUAUCAGCUCGCUAAAAAACUGGUCACUUCAUGGCGAAAAGUCAAUUUGGAGCCGACAUUCGUCUUUGAUGGUGCAGCACCAGUAGAAAAGCAUGCCACUACGCUCAAAAGAAUGACUGAGAGCCUUGUCGCCCCGAAGUUGUUUUUCACUACUUCUGUCAAAUCUCGCUCUGGUCCGUCUUUCGGCAAAGACUCUACAGGCAAGGUCGUUCUCCCUGGUUUUGCUUCUCAUGCCUUCCUCUUUGCCCUCCAUCGCCUUGGGGUAGCAACCCACCAUGUACCCUACGGCGAAGCGGACGGUGUCUGCGUGAAAAUGGCCGAGGCGGUCAAUGGAUAUGUGCUUGGGCAGGACUCCGACUUUCUGAUUCUCGUUGGGAAGUCUGAGAGAAUGCUGGGCUAUGCGCCCCUGGAUAUGAUGUCUUGGAUUGAGGGGGAAGCUUCCGAGAAAGACGGAGAAUCAGACUCCGACUGCACCCUGCCUUCUUCUGCCUUUCAAGAAGUCAAUGGGCGCAGGAAGAGAAUUUAUCAUCCCAGACACUCCUCUCUUCUUCCACUGCCUUCACAAAGUCACCCGACCCUCAUCCUCACCGUGAUCGCUCCUAGUUCUUUGCGGCAACGGCUGCGACUUUCGGCCAACUAUAUGGCUCUCUUUGCUUCCCUGAUCGGUAACGAUUAUACACCACCAGAUGCCCUAAAGCGGUUCUAUGAGCCCAGUCUCAACCCGUCCAAACGUAUCGAGAAAGCUGCCUGGGUUCUGCGUGAACAGCUGCAGAUUCUGUCUGCUAGCAAAGGCAAAAGCGUCAAUCCAGGCGACUUUGUAGUCGAGCUCGUCCGACGAGUUGUCAAGAAGCUCUGUAUCUGGCAAUACGACACUGAGUCUGACCUGAUGGGAGCUGUGAAUGGAAUAAUCGAGGCUGCACUGCAAUAUUCUAUCCCACACUUCUUACAAUGCUGUCCGAGCUAUCCUUUCUGCGGAGAGUUGGGACAGCUUGGCUGUCAAACAUCCCUCAGUCGCCCCAGCAUCCCUGCUUUAUCCGACAAUCACAUCCCGAACAACGAAACGACACAACAGCAGAAGGCGCUCGAGGCAUAUGCCGCAACCCAGAGGAAAGGGUGCCUCACAUUCAUCACCCAUGCGUGGCUCUACCCUGACCGUAUCUAUUUGAGAAGCGGCAUGGAGGACCCUUCGAUUCCUAGCUUUCGAGGUUUGGAGACUAGUAGGGAAGUAAGACGAACAGCGUACGCUAUCGCAGAUGAAGGACUGGGGGGUUUCAAAUUUACCGCUGAGCCGGAGGAUGAUCGGCGGGCAAGGUCUGAAGAGCAAGCCGAAGACAGGAGAGAUUUGUCUACCGAGGACGCGGCAUCCAAGAAAGAUAAUCAGGAAUUACAAGACCAUCCAGCGCCAGAGCAUGGCGAACAUGAUCGCACUGAAGCUUCAUCUCAUUCAGAUGAUCCAGUACGCAUUAUGGUCGAAUAUGUGCGGCAAGGCUCCGCUGGACGUGUCAUCCCCUAUGAUCUUCGUCUCCCUCCCAAGGAGUCCUCCGAAAGCACUGCCCCUUUGUGUGUACAGCCUCUACCUGAUCGUCUCAGGGCCUACCUUGGGCCGAUGUGUUCGGACACCGCUGCCAUUCGCGAGCUUCCUUCAUCCUUACAACCCCUGAUCGCCAUAGUUCGGUAUUGCGCUGUCGAGAUGGCUGCAGUCAACAGCGGAGGGGAGUCUCCUCGGGCGAUUGACCUUCGCUGGAGAAAGAGCGAAGUAUUGGCUGUCCUGAAAUCCGGAAUCGGUACAUUCAGACAAUGGCGGAUGGAAUUGGACUACGAAGAGCUGUCUGUCAAGAGAAAAUCCAAACCAGUGUCGAGCGAGGAUGAGGUCAAAGAAUGGCCCGUCCUUGAAAACCGCAACGCUCAGCUCGUUGGUCAAUUGAGCACUGCCAUGCAGAACUCAUCUUCGCUGGCGGAAUCGCUUCUGCUUCUAUCUACCCAAAUCCCGUACUUCACCCCUUUACAAAUGGAGUCUCUGCCCCAGCCUCUGACUGGCGACCCUGUCGGCGAUUUCGGUCCCACCCACCUCUCCUCUUUCAUGUUUUUCAGCGGCGUCAACCUCCACACUGUAUUGAUGGGGCAUCAACCCCCACCUCAUUUGAAAUGGAAGUGGACAGAAGAGGAAGACCGUAUAUUGGAGACCUGCUGGACAGCUCUACUUGCAGAUCUCCAGGACGGCGUCAUCCUGGGAUUGCAACAGGAGGUUGACGAUACUGAAGGUGAGGAGUAUCAUGGCAAGGAUAAGAAUAAGCGAGCCAAGAGGGACAGAAAGAAGAAGGCUGGCAUGCGGAAGGCAAAUGAGGGUACUGGGACAAGACUUGGAAAGAGACCGGGAGGAAUGUUCGAUCUUUUGGGCGACGAUGCGGCCAUGAUAUAG